UGGAACCAGUUCUAGAAAAGCAAUGAAUAGGUCUCAACUUGAACAUAUGACAAUCAGAAGGCGCUGAGCUCAAUCUAUUGUAGUGCUAUAUUUAGUCAUGCACUAGAUGUUCUGUAAUACUGUAUUGUAUCUCUACUAUGAUGACUUCAUAACGUACAAAAACACUGAUCAUCUUUUCCAAUUUUGUAAUCACUUUUUUUUAGCAAGAUGGAAGAUGGAGCAUAUUAUCAUCAUUCCACUUAACGUGAGGCAUUUUGCCGACUAAUGUAUAUUGAAAUCUGCCACUAUUGAUAAAAUCUUCCAAGCAAUGUUUGAUAUUCUUCUUCAGUAAAAGAAAUUCCUUUGUUUUCACAGAAAUUAUUUCCAUUGCUUCACAUGACAAUAUGUAAAUAUAAGUCAUGACACAUGUUGUCUGUCAUUGCCACAGUAACCCUGCAUGCUUGAGGUCAAACCUUUCCCCUGAAACAAAUUAGUUCUGUGAAAACCACAUUGUUUCUAUCUCACUGGCUUUCCGUUUCUCACCAAGCAUCAUGACACUGUGGCUGUGUCGGUCUGUGAUGCAAAUGAGGGGCGUUCUUUUGCAGCUUUGCACAGGGGUGGAAAAUUUUGUGUUAGUGUAGAUGUUACUCGUCAGUGCACUGUCGCAUCACUGUUUCUGAUUUAAGGUUUUCUACAUAAACAGUACUGAAUUCAAGAGGCACUUGCUGAGAUGGCCUCAGAUUCAAAUCGCUUACAUCAAAAGUCAGUAAAGAAAACCAGGCAGGAAAGAUGCUGCCAUUUUUCAUGGUUAAAGUCCCUAAGAGAAAGAUGGAGGUCCGGCUUCAAGAAUUCACAGAACAUUGAACUUGCAUCACAAUCGUUUUGCCAACGGAAACGAGUUGAACUGUCUUCAAAAUGGUUCCUGGAGACUCAGUUAUCACACAUCACUCAAAAUGGCUGCAUCCCCACUUGGUUUGUGGGUUUGGUCGACAGAGAGGUUGCAGAAGAUAUCCUCAAAGAAAAAGAACAAGGUUGUUUUCUCAUCCGUCUCAGCGCUAAUGCCGUUGGAUUUGUGCUUUCUUUUAGAGGCAGCAAUUGCUGUCGACACUUUGUGAUCAACCAAAGUGACAUGGGGCACUUUGUCAUCUCUGGCGCCGCUGUGGAACAUGAAACUUUAUUUGAACUGAUCCAGUACUACAAGACGAGUUCCAUCGAGCCAUUUGGAGAGUAUCUAACAUCCUCGUGCUUUGAGGGAUAUGCAGAAAAGACGUAUGAUGUGAUCCAGCAUUUGUCGCCUGAUAAAAGCAUGAAGAAAGAGGAAAGAAACUCAGAACAGCCACCUUUACCAACGAUGAGCAAAUCAAUGCUUGAGGAGGUGCCACCGGUGCCAAGGAGAGGCAAACACCAUGAAACCAAGCCACCUAGUGACCCGAGCAGGAUGCUGUACGCUCAGCUAAGAAAGAAACCCACAUACCAACAACACAUACGUAAGGACUGUUCAACUGGAGCUACCGCAAGGAGACUUGUAGGAAGAACCACGCAGGAUGAAAAUUCCAGAAAGUGUCGUCCAGUGUCUACACCAGAGUACUCUCUGCUUGGCCUGGUGGAUCACACCAAUGGACAAAGACCAGAGAAAAUAGACCCAUGCAGAAGACCUCAAAGCAGUCACAGCACUGAGCAACUGAGUGACAAGACUAUUUAUUUCCUGCCUGACAGGCCUGGUAGCCCCCACACUUCAUGCAAAGGCACCACAAUGCAAACUAGGCAUGAUCUUGGUAACCCAGUGUACACUGAGGCUAACACAGGACCCUUCUUUCCUCCUGAUGACAUCUACGAGAUCAUUCCAGGCAUAGACGACACAAGUGAACUUGAUAUCUAUUGCAACACUUAUGAGUCAGUGGAGGAACUUAACUCACUGGCUGCCAUUAACGGCGAUAGAUGUCCAAUUCAUUUGAACUGGGAGGGUUGCAAUGAUCAUUAACUGCCAUCUCCUCCCAGUUCAAGUGUAUCAUAUGCUUGCGUUAUAGUGGCAUACUUUGAAGGCUUUUAUAUGGUAUGCUGUGAAUUAGUGCCAAGGACUACAUUCAAUUGGUUGACAUAUUAAACCAUCUAGUUAACUUCUAUGUUCUCUUACAUUUAUUAUUUUUAACAGAUGAGAUUUAUAUUGUCUAAUGGGCUGAAAAUCUGGAAUUAGAAAAAUUGAAUAAACCACAUUUCUUACAGAAAAUCUCUGAAGAGUACAUCACUGGGUUGGAGUAAAAAUUAUACAGCAACCACAAAAUGAAAACUUCUUUAAAAAAAAAAAAAAAAAAAAACAAGAUUAGCUGAAUUUUGACAUCAUGUUUGGGUCUUCUAAAACAAAAAUUAUUAUUAACAAAAUAUCUUUUGCACGUAUGGUAUUUUC